AAUUUGCGGUGUUAUUAAAUGAAGGGUUUGAGAUUAGGAGCAAGAGUUUUCAGUCUGAUAUCAUCUCCUUAAUAAGUAUUUUUUAGAUAAGGAUUACAUUAAACAUCAAUUUACUUGUUUUCUGAAAAGACAAAGAAGCAAGAUACUCAAAAGAAUGAUUAAAAAUAAGAAAAAGCUUAAUAAAAAGAACAAAAAGAAGAAUAAGAAAAAAAAGAAACAUAAAAAAAAUAAGAAGAGAAAAUUGAAUCUCUUGAUGAAUCUCAUGAAGAUAAAUUACAUAGAGUUGAAUAAUUUUAUGGUAAACAAAUUGAAAAAUUAGAGAAUUAAAUAAAAGAUUAAAAAGAAAAAAUUCAUGAUUAAAUUAAGUUAAUAAAUUAAUUAGAAGCAUCAAAUAAAGAUCAUAAUUCAAAAAUAAAAGAAUUAAGAGAUGCUUUAAAAGCAGAAAUAGAAGAAUAGGAAUUAUAAUAAAAAAGAAUCUUAAAGUAUCAAAUAUAAUAAUAAUAAUUUUUUAGGGAGAAAGAACAAUUAAAAGUAUUUGCCAUAUCAAAUUUUGCCAAAGAAUUAUUAGAAGUAUAAGAUAACCUUGAAAGAGCAAUUGGAAGUACUACUGAUAAACCUGAAAAUAAUCCUUUAUUAGAAGGUAAUUUAAAAUUAGAUUUAUUAAGGUGUUGUUAUGACUCAUUCAAUUUUAGAAAAGGUGUAUAAGAAAUUUGGAGUUUAAAAGAUGGAUAUUGUUGGUAAGAAAUUUGACCCAAACUUUCAUGAGUCUUUAUUUUAAGUCGAAGAUCCUGAAAAAGAACCAGGAACUAUAUGUUAUGUUGCAUAAGAUGGGUAUGUAAUUGGAGAAAGAGUUUUAAGACCAGCAAAAGUUGGUGUUGUUAAAUAAUAAUAAUGA